GUAAUUUGACAUCAGCUCAAGCAUCCAAACGAGUUGUAACUUCUUACAGAUCGAAGCAACCGAAAAGGACUCAUCGGCGAUCACUCGAGAUCAUCAAUGGCUACAACGCCGGAAAAAGAUGAAGAGAAGCCGAAACAUCGACCGAUUAUUCGUAUCGGUAUCUUCAUCAUUGCUCACAGCUUAUCAGUUAGUGUUGUUUGUUGUACAGCUGGAGUUUUGGCUCUCCUACUGUUUCCUGUUAUUGCGAAGAAAACCUACGUUUCGGAAAAUGCACUAUUGCCUGAUUCAGCGAAUCCUAUGAUAUCUGAUAAGGAUGUUUCUAGGGCAAACAUAUUUGUCAAUGAGCUAACUAGCCUGAAAUUGAAGUCUCAAAACACUGUCAUAGAAAUUCCAAGACUGAUAGCACUGCAUAUGGCAAACUUACGCGGAGAAGUCAGUUAUCAUAAGUUCCAAACUCAAUCAAACAAAUUCCACCCUCUUCGCUUCUUUACGAGUCCUAACGCAGAAGCGGACAAUUCGAACAUGACUUGUGAAUCAUACGCUACCAAUACCAUUGGAAUCGUUAGGGCUCAACAUGGCGAUGGGAAAGAAGCUAUUGUACUCGUGACUCCUUACAACUCUGUAAAUCUGACUCAAAAUGAAGCUCUAUCUUUAGGAAUUGCAUACUCUGCGUUUUCGUUAUUAGCUCAAGUUAAUUGGCUAGCAAAAGAUAUUAUAUGGAUAGCUGCAGACUCGCGAUACGGAGAAUAUAACUCGGUUGCAGCUUGGUUAAGAGAAUACCAUACUCCUUCAUCUAAUGGUUUACAUGAAUCAAUUGAGACAGAUGUAUAUGAUACUUUUAGACGUGCUGGAACAAUGGCAGCUGCCCUUGUAAUUAAAGUUGCAAAUAGAGGUGAAGAAGGCGAGAAAGAUGCAAUAAACAUUUAUGCUGAGGCGUCUAACGGUCAAAUGCCGAAUCUUGACCUUAUAAAUAUUGUGAGCUAUAUGGCGGUUCAUGGAGAGGGUCUUAGUGUACAUGUGGAGAAACUUGUGUCUUUGCUUGAUUCCAGAUGUCUGAAGUUCAUUGGUCACGUGUUUGAGAGAAUCGGGAAUGUUGUUAGAAGGUUGAAUCCUCAAUGGAAGUUUGGUAUCCCGGUGAAGGAUUAUGUUGAAGGUAGUGCUACGCUAGUUAGUUCACUCUAUCACCAGGCGUUAGGCGUCCCCACAGGUUCCCAUGGCGCUUUCCGUGAUUAUCAAAUUGACGCAAUUACUAUUGAGAUUACAACCAACCGAUCUUCUACUAAUAAAGGCGGACAAGAUGAGCUUUUGUUGCAAGGUGGCAGGUUAAUUGAAACAGUUUUACGGUCAAUAAAUAACCUCCUAGAGAAAUUUCACCAAUCCUUUUUCUUGUACUUAUUAACAUCAUCAAACAAAUUUAUAUCCGUUGGAGUCUACAUGAUUGCAUUCUUACUGCUAGUUGCCCCGCUUCCUGUUCUUGCUGCUGCUUUAUUUUCUGAUGCCGGUAAAUCAAUCCACAAGUCAGAAAAAAAUAGUAAACCAUUUAAAUCUUGGCGUUGGCUUCACCCAACGAAAACCAUAUGUCUCAUUCAUUUAUGGGGAGCCAUAGUCUCAUUACUUCCUUAUUUCAUAUAUCAAAUACCAAAUUCUCAACCGACAUAUCGCCUUCUUAUCUGGGCUUUCCUCUCACUUUUCAUCUUAACUGUUUUGGGCUCAUUAUUGGGGGCCCGUUCCACUCAAUGGGCUGUUCUGAAAUCAGUGACAGUAUCCACUGCAUUUAUCGGGCUGUGUCUGAUGUCGGUUAUAAACUUUGCAACCGCUGAAAUUGGUGCGUUACUAUUGGUUCCAUUGUGCUUGAUGAUUAAACCAUGGCGGUUAGCAGGUAAACCCCACUCUGCUUUAAAUUUGGUUUUGGUAGCUCUCGGGUUUCCUGGUGCGGUAUUUUUGGUGGUGAAAAGUGCAUUCGGAUUUCAAAACGGGUCUAGUUUAGUUGAGUUUUGGUACUGGAUGGAGUCUUUAUGGGCAUGGAAUAGUGCCACUUAUAUCUAUAUAGGCAUGGUUCAUCUUCCUUGCUGGGUUUUGUGUAUUUACAUUUUGUUACAUCCUUGUUAGAUUUCAUAUAAAUCUUGGUGUAGGGUAUAUCUCCAUCCAUUUCAAUCAAAGAAGGUGAGAGUUCAUUAAUCUUUGUAUGAUUUGUCAUAUUAUAUUUGGUUGGCUAGGUUUCUUUUUCA